UUUCGUGGAGUGAUUAAAACAUGAGAAUUCAAGCUAUCGUCUUUGGGUGUGUUCUCUUGGCAAUCUGCUUGUUCAGAAGCAGUGAAGCCGCUUGUGCCUCAUCAACUUGCACCCCUGAUGAGUGCACCGAGGCGGAUAAUGCAGCACAUAUUUCCUGUGUAGCGGCCACAACAACAACUACAACAGCACCAACAACAACAUCAACAGAAACACCAACAACUAAAGCAUCAACAAACAAAUCAUGGAAGAAAUGGGGCAAAUUUGGAAAGCGACCAAUAAUUAUCAAUUUCGGCUAUAUGGCUAAAAAAAGUUCAACUGAUAUCAACAUGCGUAUCCAGACCGUAGUCCUUGGUUGUGUCCUCUUGGCUCUUUGCCUGAUCGACAGUACUUCUGGUACAUCGACCACCACCACAACAACAACAACGACCACAGAGGCAACAACAACAACAACUUCCACAACGAGCAGCACCACCGUGGACUCCUCAACAAGUGCCGAGUAUGGUGCUUUGGUUCGUUUGAAGCAGCAGCUUCGUCGCCUUGCCCGCCUGAAAAAAUUGAGGAAAGAGCGUCAGGCGGCCAGAAGGCUUGCUGCUCAGAGAUUGAGAAAAGCUUUGCGCAAUUAACGGAGACGUAUCAACAGAAGACUCCGAAAUCACGGUUAAUUUCAAAAA